AUGAGCGGCGUGCAUCGAUUCCUCAGUCGGCGAGAGAAGAAGAAUCCGCGACAUUCAUCACCCCACCAUACGGACAAAUUCGGCUCUGACCCACCACCACCUGUGAACAAACCUGACCACUUUGGUGCUGUCUUUACGAUCGAGGAUGAUCCGAAAGUCAAGCCCGACAAGGAGGAGGAGGAGCGCAAGAUCCAGGGAGUACUCGAAAGAUUGCGGGCUUAUGGCGUCAACACCAUGGUCGAAUCGAAUGCACGAUAUGCCCUCCGCGUCGUGUCACCGCAAGGCAAUGGCGAAGAGGCGUUCAAGCUGUUGAUGCUCCUGGAAGACACAUACGAGGGCAUUGUGACACCCUACAGUCCGCCUACAAAGCUACUGGGCGCCGUGAACAGGGAGAACGUCACAUGCUACCUCGAUGCAUUACUAUUCGCCAUGUUCGCACGUCUGGACAGUUUCGAGGCCAUGCUAUACGAAAACUUUGACGACAUCCCGCGGAAGAAGCUGGCAGGCCUCUUGCGGUUGUGGGUCAAUAUGCUCAGGACGGGCAGGCUCAUCGCCACGGACAUUACUAGGCACAUGCAAGAGUCAUUGGCAGCUUGCGGUUGGGAAGGUGCAACUCAACGCGAGCAGCAGGAUCCGUCAGAAGCGUUUGGAUUCAUCACCGGCAAGCUUGAGUUACCUCUACUAACGUUGAAAAUGGACCUACAUCAUGCUGGCAAGGAGGACCCGCAGGACGACCACAAGUUUAUCAAUGAGCGAUUGCUAGAGGUAGCCAUCCCAGAGGAACCAGUACAGGGCAGCAAUGUCAUCACAUUGGAGGAUUGCUUGGAGCAUUACUUCAAUAACCGCAUUGAAGUAAAGCGGCACAUGGAGAACCAACGGCGUAGCACGCUGAAGUCGGCAGAAGCAGGCGACUCGAAAGACCCAUACAUGUGGCCUGCGAAAGUGGAGAAGGACAGCGGCCUUCACGUCGAAGUAGCAGAGAUUGGCAGCGCAUCGGACACGCCUUUGGUGCAGACGCCCACUGCCGAAACGCCCAUGACACCAGUUGUGACUAAGGACCCACUGGAAAGAGUGAGACCAACUGCUGGCCGGAAACGUGGUGACAGUAUCUUUAGUUCACGCAAGAUAUUACUAGAAGGCAUCGAUCCAGAGACAGGAAAGGUGGACAACGAAGGUCUUCCCGAAAUCAGAGAACGGAAGAUGAGUACACGGACAGAGGUACUCAUGCCAGCUUGGCAAUUCUUCAAACUGCUUCCAUGGUAUACGGAUCACAUGCCGACAACCGAUGCACAAGUCGCAGCACACUUCAGCAAGAAGCGACCGGUGCUGGGAAUCUGCCUGAAGCGAUACGCAUUCACGAACGAGGGUCAGUCGACAAGACGUAGCACAUACGUCGACAUUCCUCUCGAGAUACAGGUGCCGAACUUUGUCAGCGACGAAAAUAUGCAGGACGAGGGUCCUCUCGUAACCAACUUCCGGCUUCUUCUGCAAUCCGUGGUAUGCCAUCGUGGCCACUCGACGCACUCCGGCCACUAUGUCUGCUUGACUCGUGGCAGUGCCACCAACGCAACAGACAGCCGCAGAAGCAGCUCGGAUAGUGAGGACAUCGAAGAUCCUUGGAUGCGGUUCGACGAUCUGGCUCGGGAAAGGGUCACAUAUGUGGACAUUAGGCAAGCCCUCAAGGACGAGACGCCAUAUCUGCUCUUCUACCAAGUACAGCCGAUAGGCGACGACGGGCACUCCAUACAUGAGCUCCCUUCGUACGCCGAGGCUACUUCAAGAUCACAGUCCGAUCUGGUGCCUUCGGAGAAGCCAUAUCUCAAUGAGCAGCUGGGUUCUGAGAACGCACUCGAGCAAGUUCCAUCGAAUGCCAUGUCGACAGGCGACGGGGUAGGAUCCGAUAGCAUUGACUGGGCAGCCACAACAUCGGGUAGACCAAGCCUGGAAAUCAGCGCGGCGCUUGAAGAUCGCCGGGGUAGACGCAGUUUCCAAGGAGACGAGCGACGAAAAAGCAUAACUUUCGACACCUCCAGUUACGCAGGCAGCAUUCGAACAGAUCCCACGGUCUCGGUGCCCUCAACGCCAGCCGAUGAAAAUCCGCCAACGGAGAAGAAUGGCAACAGCUUUCUUGCCGUGGCCAACAUGAUCUCCAGCUCUCGCCGUGGCAGCAAGCCCUUGAAUGGCAAGUCGAAAUCACGACCAACCAGCGCAGGGCCGGAUGCGAAUGGCGGUCGAUUCAGUCUGAACAUGACCAAACUCACCCAGCGGAUGAGCAGGAACAGCGAAAGUCAUGACAAGCCUCCUGUACCCACACCCGACCACUCGGCGCCACCAGAAGAACCACCUGCGACUACGACCGUCACUGAGAGCCUUCCAGACGAUCCAGUCUCGACAAGUGAUAAGAACAGCGUGGGACAUGUCGAAGACGCCAGCAGAGAGAGCGUCGAUACUGUCAAUGCGGAGACCAAGACUUUGAAGCCUCCUCCAGCCGCGAACCCAGCAGAAACAAAGCCCUUGACCAAGAAGGAGAAGGAGAUCCUGAAACGAGAGAAGAGGAAGAACAAGAAACACGGCGAGGAAGAUCGUGAUUGUGUGAUGAUGUGA